AUGUCAAUUAGGAGAAAUUUACAAGGAUUAAUUGAAAUGAUUGAUGAAGAAGUGGAGGAUGAAGGUAUUGAAUUUACAAUCGAACAGCAAGAGGGAAUAAAAAUUAAAGUACAGAAGAAACUUGAAGAGGCUAUUAAAAAAUCUAAAGCUUUUGCUACUUUCUUAGGAUCACUUGGAGGUUUUGUUGGUAGUGGUGCUUUAGUUGUUGGCUGUUCUUUUAUUUAUACGAUUCCGUUUUUUGGCCAAAUUUUGUUAGCUGCAACAGCUCUAGGUGCUUUAGUUGGUGGGUAUGCGGCAAAUAAAUUAACUUAA